AAAUAUAUUUGUGUUCGUGACUCGUGAUAAGGGUGGCGCAAGCGCGAAUAUAACCAGUUCUUUUCGAGAAAACAGAUGGCCGGUGGCGUCCUUGGCGUACUAACAAUUUGUUCGUAUCCAGUACGAGUCCGUGUGCCGGUAGGAAAGGAUCCGCGUUCUUCCACUAACAAUGGAAAAUACGAAUAUGAAUCUCCGUCAUCCAUCGAUUUCAAUUAUUAUGGUGCCGUGAGAAAUGGAAAACGGAUUUUCCAUUAAGAUUAUUUACUGAUUUAACAGAAACAUUGUUUACCUCCAAAUACCUAGUUCUAUUUGAAGUAACAAAGAGAAGAAUCGAGUUUUAUAUAUAAUGAAUCGCUUAUGAAAUCAUUCAAGAUAAUCCAAAUCAGAAUCGAAAAUUGUUGUGCAAUUAUUCGUUUCACUAGUCUACACUCUAAACUCUAGAGGAAGAAAUCUUACUUGAAAAAAUUUGUAAACUUUUCGUGAAGAAAUUUCUUUCAUUCUCUUUAAUGCAAUUGCAGAAUUUUUAAAUUAUUCAGAUAACGUUCAGAAACAAUUCAAACGACGAUAAAGACUUGAAGACGAAAAUACAGUGAAAAACACUAUGUGAAAAUUGAAUAAAUUUUUCAAAAUAUAAUCUUCAGCUUAAUAUUAGAGAAGAAAGCGUCACAGAACGAUAUUGAAAAAUUUCAGUAACGUACUUACCUCGUGUCGAAAGAAAAUUUUGUACAGCUUAUCAAAGAGCAGUUAUAUUAUAUCACGAACUCCAUCAAUCGUCUUUAAUCGAUGAUUUUAUUAGAAUAAAAGUGACGGCGGAAUAGGACGCCACGGUGAGAGUAUCACGGUGAAAAUCAAGAAGUCGUUCGAAAAACAAGUAUGCAGCUACUUUCCAGCUUUAUGACGAGGCACCUGACACGAGGAACAUCCUUGAAAAAAGGAAAACGUGAAAUUACUAGAGGCGGUAAUUGUUCAGGUUGCAUAGGAGGUCCAGCCAAAGCGAUUAACGAUACCAUUCGAUACAGUACUGUACCUGGGGAUGCCAAUAUGAUCCCUGAGGAUACCGCACCCGACGAAGAUUUCGCUUUAACUAUUACUCAAAAAUCUCAGAGAGAUAUAGAAGCCAUUCGUGGUGCUUUAUACCUUGGUGUGGCUUUUGCGAUUGCGUGGGUGAUAGGUGCAGCAGAUUUAUCAAUAGCAUGGCUAAUGUUAGUGCUAGCACUAGCAUCGACAAUACUUAAAACAAGGAUGUCCCGUUUUCUUGAAUCGACCGUUCAACACGAAUUAGCCAGGCUACGUCGAAAAAGAACUUUAUACAAGGAUGAAACUGCUGAAUGGCUAAGUUUACUUCUGAAUAAAUGGUGGAGAUUUAGCGCCACCAGUAUAUUUUCUUUAGCAAAAGAAAGACUGGAACCUCUUCUAAAUGAAGCCAAGCCUGGAAUACUUGGACCAUUGGAAUUAAGAGAGCUCACAUUUGGCGAGCAAACCCCAUGCGUCACACGCAUAAGAACGGUAGAUUAUGCGAACAACGAUGACGAUUGUCAAACAAGACAAAUGAAAUUAUCAAUCGAAGCUGACUUACGCCUCGAUUGCGAGCAAUUUCGUAUGCUCAUCACAACAAGACUAUUUGGAAAAGGGGUUGGCAUGGACAUCGAUCUGGCCGUGGAGAAACUGUCUCUCUCGGGUACCAUUCUUGCCACCCUAACUCUUGAUUCCAUGGCACCGUUUCCUCACGCGACAUCUUUAAGCGUGAGUUUCUUAGAGAAACCGGAUGUUUGGUUCAGCGUGAGAAUCUUGCGAGCAGUACAAAUGAUGGAAUUACCUUUAAUUAAGACGUGGAUUCAUGCGGUGGUCACGGACGCUUUGGCUAAUUGGAUCGUCGAUCCGGGUCACUUAGAGAUGAAUCUGAGAGCUCAAGAACGACCUGGACCCAGAUUCGAUUCACUAACUAAUUCUAUACCACAAGGAGUGCUUACCAUCGUUUUGUCUCAAAAUGGAUGUUCAGCUCCCAUCAUCGCGGACGAAGUGAGAUGGCUCGUGGUAACAUUAGGAGAUCAAAGGCGAAUCGUAACUCUUUUGAAUUCCACGUGGAACGAGAACAUAUCUUUCUUAAUGAGUGUCUUGGAUAACGAGAAAGUCUCUAUCAAAUUAAAAGCAAAACGACUUGUCAGCACCGUCACACUGGCUCAGUUCGAACUCGCACUCGGAGCAUAUAAUUGGGAUAACUCACAAGUUAUCGAAACCGUAUUACAACCAAAGAAACCGUCCCGGACCAGUGCUAACAUUCCAAACAUCAAUGCCCGAUUAGAAUAUACUGCGCUACCAAAACUGGAUCCAGACUUGCCACAACCGGAAUUGAUAGAAGAUAAUUCAUACUUGUCAGGAGUACUUGUCGUUUAUAUUCAUUCAGCGGACAAUCUAAAUAGUGGCAAUUCCCACUGUAAUCCUUAUUGUAUAUUAUUCAACAAUCGUAAAAAGGUAAAAACAACGCAUUACAUUCGAAGCACUACAUCACCGUGUUGGGAAUCGAGAGCACAAUUUCUUGUUCAAGAUUAUACUCAAGUGUCUCUAAGUUUUGUCGUAUACUCUUGGAAUAUAUCCAAAUCGAUUGAUGGCGAUAUGCUUGGGCUCGCUAUAUUAUCUUUAUCUCAAGAAAAUAUAUGGACAGUUAGAAAAGAAUUGAUCCUCAGUGGAUCGAACAUUACGUCAACAAUGACCGUUUCUGUAUUAUUCUACCCUGUUAAAAGUAUACAGCAAAUAAUCACUAGCCGAAGAAGUAGUUUGAUUUUUCCAACAUCAGACGAGGAGCCAAAAUCUAAAAGAAACAGUCUACCGUGGAUGCAACAGGCAAAAUUAUUAUUAACUCACAAGGAUAUAGAUCCCGCCUCAUCGGAUGUAUCCAGUUUACUUUCCACUGGAAGUGGACUAAUGGAAGUGACACUAAUACGCGCGAAAGAUCUUGUUGCGAAAGAUCUAAAUGGUUUCAGCGAUCCUUUCUGUGAACUGAAACUAAAUAAUGAAACAAAGUAUAAAAGCAGCAUAAAGAAGAAAACGCUGAAUCCUUGCUGGGAUGAAAGUUCCAUCAUGGGUUUGCCCAGAAUCGGCGAAACUUUGGAUGUCGUAUUAUGGGAUCAUGAUACUUUUGGUAUGAGGGAUUAUCUUGGAAAAGUAUCAUUGACUCUCGAUGACAUUAGAAAAUUAUCAAGCAGCGAUCAGUCCCAUUGGUUGGUGUUACGGGAAACCAAAACGGGAUCUGUAGAGUUGAAAAUUAAAGUUUUAUCCGAAGAGUGCGAGUCUCAAAGCACAUAUGCAGCCAGCAAUAUCAGCGAAAGUUCAACCCAAUUAAAUAUUGAAAGUUCUGAAACGGUGUCAAACAUUAUAAGAAGACCUUCGAUGGAAAAGUCAAAAAUGAGAUUGCAUUUAGACGUUGUACCACCACCGCCGCCCCCGCGUACAAUUACCUUGUUAAAACCAAUUAUUUCUAGUCAAUCCGACAAAGCUAGUAUUGGAAGUAAAGACUCCAACGAAAUGAAUGGAACCGAGAAUUCGUGGGUGCCUAGUGUUGUCACAGAAUCCAUAACAGGUGUAAUUGAUGAAACUGACACGUCAAAGUUAAGAGAGCGACCAUCUCCUCACAACAGUUUAACCCCAAGUCCAGAACAGAAUUUCGGCAAAAAAUUGCCACAAUAUAACAGUUUUCGCGUUAUGAAACAAAAGGUGAAAAGAGGAUUAAAACUUCGUAGAUUUCGUUCUGAAGUAAACAUAGAGGACAAAAAUGAAUCAAAAGGCGUAACAUUGAGUUUGGAACCUAGAGGUGGAGGAGAAGCUGAUGCUACAGAACUUUUACAAGGAUCUGGUUUAGCGCAUGCUAUAUCACAACCUGAUAUGCUUGGCAGAAUAAGACAACCUAGUCCGCGUUUAAGAUUAAGACCAAAUGAAUUAAAAGUUGUCAAUGGCACUAAAGAAAAAUACUCGGGAAUAGAAGGAAAAGUUUUACAAGCUCAAGGUCUUCAUGUCGCACAUAUCGCUCAACUAUAUUGUAGGAUAAAGCUUCAAAUAUGUACCAGUCCCGAUAAAAUUACAUCUUCGACAAAUAGUGGUAAAACAUUAGCGAAAUCUCGACUUUUACCUGCAAUGCCUAACCCGCAGUUCAGUAUAGACUUUCACAUAGAAGGUGAUAAUGUUCCCAGGCAGUCUUUGUUAAUAUUUGAGAUCAGAAGUGCUAGUAAAGAAUUAUUAGCUAGCCGGCGUAUCACUCUUCAUGAAUUAUUAGGCGUUUCCGCGGCAACUGAUGAAAUUCAUACAUGGUUAGCAUUAAACAAUGGAGCAUCAUUGGAAGUACAAAUGGUUCAUGGAAGAGAACUAAAAAGUAAGUCCACAAAGAAACUUUUUCGAUCCUGGUCAGUACAUCGGAUAGGAAAAAUAUAAAACAUUUUUAGUCAGUGCUAUAAAUAUUUGUGAAAAUUAUAAUUUGCCAAACAUACAUAUGUAAAUUGAAAAGUCCCCUUUGAAACAAUAUGACAUGAUAGUAAGCGUAUUUACGAAUACGUUUUACAUUUUACAUAUUUUAUUACGUGUACAUAUACAUGUACAUAAAUAAACUUACUAAUAUUAUCUCAGAAUGAAAAUUGUAACAUUUGUCUUUUGUACCAUAAAGUGUAUACAUAUAUUUCAUUUUUCAUUAUAAAACAAUUUAUAAAAAAAGCUAUGAACAUAAAUAAUUAUCUUUUUCAUCAUUCCUUUAACUAUAAAUUAAGUAACAACAAUUCCUCCUUAGUACUUAUAGUAUUUCACAAAUUAAUAUGUAUUUCUUAAAUAAAUCCUAUAUUUGAUCUAGAAAAGAUUACAAACUAUACAUGUAUUUGUUGUUAGUGCAUAGUAAUAUGUACUCUAAAUAACUCAUUGAAUAUAUAUAAACAUUUAUUUAUUUUCAUUAAUUGUACAAUUCAUUAGGCUAUUAAUUAUAACAAAUAAUUAUACCCAUAAUAGCGCCAUACAAAUAUUCUUCAUUUAAACAUGUAUUUUUUCACUUUUGCUGUUAACAAACUUAUUUAUACAUAAACGUACAUUUACGUUUAAUGACAGGUAUUAUCAUGAUUACUAAUACUACAGCCAGCCUACACUGUACAUCAUUUUCAAUGUAUCUAUCACAUUAUAGAAAAUAAAUAUAAAUUAGUUUUAUAUGUA